AUGGCAGCGCCAGAGGAGAAGUUUGACGCCCAAACGGCAGCUUUGCUGAGCAAGGCACAUCCAUUCGAACGCAAGGAGUUUGGCUACGUGCAACGCUCCGCAUGGCGCCACGCGGAUCGGCUGGAUGAGGAGGUGGUGGAGCUGGACAGCCCGUACACUGCACGAUUUGGAGCUGGUUCACGCGUCUUCACUUUUCUCAUCCUCGGCGACCAAAAUGCCGGCAAAUCCACCUUUUUGCAUGCUUUUACGCAACACGGCGAUAUUCAUUUUCUGGAGCUCUCGUCGCUUCUACCCAUCCUAGCUUCCAAUUUUGUCAACACGCGUUUCCUUUGGGAGGAUGAUACCCGCGCCCCCAUCGAUGAACCACCGUUCCUGGACACGGACUUGGGGCGUGCAACUCUGGUCCUGUCUGCCGAAGACUUUGCCUUUUUUGUGCAAGAGCAUGAUCUAUCUCCCUCUCUGAUCCUAGACAGCCCACCAGGCACCAUCUACUAUGUCAUUCAAUUCCUUGAGCUUGGCGGUGAUCACCUCGACCAACUGAUGGAUGCAACCCUCAUUCGUAAUCCACAAAUUCAGGCCAUUGUCGCCCAAUCCCGUCAUCUGCUCACCUCUUGUGAUAAGCUCUGCCUGACAAGAUCUGAUGCCGCUGCUUCGGCACGACUACCUCAACUGGCACGCACCCUGUGCCAGCAAUACAACCUCUCGUAG